AUGCGGUACGCAAAGCGAUACAGGAAGGGCCAGUUGCUCAAGCUACUCCAAGCCGCAUGUCCCAGUGCUCUAGCAAGCUUUCCCGACCCGAGCACCUUCGAGUUCCGAGUUAUCAAUAGAAAAACCUAUCUCCGAAUCGGACGAAAGACAGGAUACAGUCGGCUUUGCCCUGCAUGGGUCAAGAUGUCAGGUUCAUGCAAGCCGUGGCUAGAUGUGCGCUCGAUCGACAGUGGAAUCUUGAGCCUUGGCUAUUGUACUUUUCAAGGCGAGGGUAUCUUUAGCGCCAUUACUGGAGACGCUGGGGGGUACGCUUGGAGCAACGAGAUGAAGGCACUGGUAUCCUUUGUCUUUGUGUACGCUGGCCAAGCCGAGAUGUUUGCCGACUUCGACUGGGGAAAAGGCUUGCCUAUUUUUAUUGAAGUUCUCGAGCUGAUUGAGGUACGUGAGAAGGCCAAAGAACGCGGAGAAGAUGAGAGCGAGAGCGCAAGUGUGACUAGUGACGAGAACACCCAAUCCGUAGCAGAUGAAGAUACGUAUGACAGCGAAUCCGACGAAGAAAUCGGUACUAGCUCCUCAGAGCGCGAGGAGGAAGAUGCUGGAGAGCCUUCGGAGUCAGAUACAUCAGCUCAGAAGAUUGCAGAAGCUGAAAAGAAGCGGUCUCUCAGCCCUACAGGCGACGACGAGGUGCUUACCUCGAAGAAACCUCGGUUUGAUUAA